UUGCUUGGCGAGUUGGCAAAACAGCGCGCCAAAAACCGCCAAAGCCAAACACGACCAAACAGCAGCAGCAGCCACGAUGGAGACACUGCUGCAGAACGUGGAGGAGCUGGUGCAGGAUCAGGAUGAGGUGGUGACAUACAAGUUCCUCAGCUGCAAGUUCCAACUCAACGUGAACAUUGCCAAGCAGGUGUUGUAUGCAUACGUGCAACAAUGCAAGAAACAAAACCAUCCUGUGUCAUGCAUGUACCUCUUGGGAGGAACGCGAACAAAGGCCGCGGGUGGAGGCCGUGUCUUCCAGCUCGUAUCAGACACCAAUCUCGCAGAGAAGCGCAAGGAGUUUGAGCGAAUCUCAUCAGAGCACAUCUACAGCGUGUGCAAAGCUCAGCCCAAGGACGUGUCGACGGCGGUGUAUGCUGCGGACUACGCGCUGCAGCGGGAGACGCUCGACUCCCUGGCCGGGCUGUGCGGUAUUGUCAAUUCGAACGUUGCAACAAAGCACUCCUUCACAGAGAGCACGUCGACCGCAGAUGUGGCAGACACUUUUGACGAAGAAGAUCCAUUGCAGCAAGCCGUGGACGACCACACAAAGCGCUACAAGAUCAACGAGGGAACACUGGUGAAGGAGAAACCGUCCAGCUUUUUCACAUCGCGCAAGAAGAGCCAGACACGAAAGAGCAGCAACAGCGGCGGUGGUAAUGGCGGCAACGGGAGCAAGAAGCAGAAGAACAAGAGGACGAGUGUGCAGAGCAGUGCAAUUGGCAAAGCGUUCCAGCGGCAAAGCAGCAAACCCUCCGCCGCCCCUGCAUCGCGUGUCUUUGAUGAUGACGAGGACGAUGAAGAGUUUGCACAGCCCAAUCCGGUGAAGACGAACGCGCGCGCGCGAAUCAUCGACAGCGAUGACGAGGACGAAGCAGAGGAGGCACCCAAGCAGCAGCAGCAGGAGCAGCAGCAGGAGCGAGAGGAGGAGGAUGUCAAGGAGGAGAAGGAGGGAGGAACUGCACAGGUGCAGAGCACGGCAGACAGCGCGAUGGAUGAAGACGCAGAUGAGACAGACGUGGAGGACGAGGAAGAGGGAGGAGAAGAGAAGCAAGCAGGGAGGGAGGGCGAGGAAAGAGAACAGAACACAACGAUGGACACGCAUGCAGACGAGAAGAGCGCUGGGGCCACCAACAAACCGGCUGCUGCGGCAACGAAGAAGCGUGACGAGGAAGAGGCUGAGCAGAACACAGCGACUGGCGCUGACGAUGCAAGUACCCGUGACGGUGAUGCUGGUGAAGCUGACGAUGAAGAAGACAUUCCACGCACCAAGACGGUUCGCAAGACAGUCCGCAAGACGUUUCGCAACGACAAAGGAUACAUGGUGUCCAAGGACGUGGAGGUGGUGGAGGAGGUGCCGCUGACAGAAGCAGACAUUGCUGCCGAGAAGGAGCGACGUGCAAAUGCAAAGCGGAAAGCGCAGCAGGCCAACAGCAGCAGCAGCAGCAGCAAGAACAAACAGGCGUCAUCAUCGUCAUCGUCAGCGGCAGCUUCUGGAGCGAAGAAAGCGAAAAAGAAGGCGAAGCAGGCCUCCCUCAUGUCUUUCUUCUCAAAGAAGUAGUGUGUGUGUGAGUGUGUGUGUAUGUGGAUGUGUGUGACGAGUGUGUGUGGAUGUGUGUGUGUAUGUGUGCGUGUGUGGAUGUGUGUGUGUGUGUGUGUGACGAGGGAGCGUGUGGGUUGGCUCAUGACGUCGUGAAGCAGAGCUGAUGGAUGAAGGUGAGGGGGAAACGGGUCGCUGGUUCAGUCACGGCUCAUAAACAAGCA